AUGCCGGUGUAUGACAUUGAUCAGUUGCACGAACGUCUGCUGUAUUUGCAAAACCAACUGAAUGAAGACGAGAAGACUAAAUCGGCCGAGUUGAUCUUCUUCACUGAUGCGAUUCACCAUCUGGUGCGUACUGCUCGUGCGAUUCGCAACCCGAAUGGCCACAUCCUCCUUGUCGGAUUAUCUGGGUCCGGGAAACAAUCUCUCGCUCGGCUUAGCGCACGCAUAGCUGGUUACGAAGUGUUCAGUGGUCUGACAGUCGGGCCGUCACAGCUGAAUAAUUUCAUAGACGACUUGAAAUCCAUUCACCGUAUCACUGGAGUACAAGGUUCGGGUGCUGUGCUGAUAUUCACGGAUGAAAAGGUGCGGAAUGAAGCGUGUUUGGAAUACGUGAAUCAGAUCUUGACUACCGGUUACAUUCCCAAUUUAUUUACACGUGAGGAAAUGGAUGAUGUCAUAACCGAAUUGGAUGAACGUCUUCAUGAAGAUAACCCAAAAGCGACUCCGACGCACGAAGAGUUGUACGAAUACUAUCGGAAUCAAGUGCAAAUGAAUCUGCACUUGGUCCUUUGUUUCUCCCCGUGUGGCAAUAAUUUCCGCCGACGGUUUACAAACUAUCCGGGAAUCUUGGCCGGUUGUGUGAUUGACUGGAUUGAUGAAUGGCCUCAGGAGGCGUUGCUAAGCACGUAUCAUGAGCUGAAUGCACAACUCAAUCUGAAUGCAGUCCGCAUGGAAUCCGGGGUAGAGAAACUUAAUGAGGCACAGAAAUCCAUUGAUGAACUGCGUGCUGUUCUCGCACAAAAAGAAACUGAACUGACCGAAGCGAGUGAGAAAGCUGAACAAGUCCUGAUCCUGGUCACAGAACAGGCUCAUGUUGCCGAACAGGUGCGAAAUCGCGUUCAACAAGUGAAGGAGCGAUGCGAAAAUAUUGUCCUAUGCAUCAAUGCGGAUCGAUUAGCCACACAGGAACAGUUGUCCGAGGCGAUACCUUCUUUGGUGGAAGCUGAAGAAGCUUUGAACACGUUGCGUCCACACGACAUCAGUAUGUUACGCAAAUUGCAGAAACCGCCGUAUCUCAUCAUGCGUGUCAUGGAUUGUGUUCUACUCAUGUUCUAUGCGCGGCUCGAACCAGUUCGACCGGAUCAUGAUCGUGGAACAUUUCAAUCCUCGUGGAACGAAGCGUUACGUAUGAUACACAACCCAAAUUUUCUCUCCCUGCUUUUGAACUAUCCAAAGCAUCAAAUGAAUGAGGAGCUUAUUGAUUUGUUGGAACCAUAUAUCAACUCAUCCGAUUACAAUAUGCCAACGGCCCGUAAAGUGUGCGGUAAUGUGGCUGGUCUAUUAUCGUGGACGUUAUGUAUGAUAAGAUAUUUUUGGGUCAGUCGAACGGUAAUCCCGUUGCAGGAUAAUUUGGCCUCUUUGGAACAGAAGCUGGUCAAAGCAAAAGCUGCACUGCAAUCCACUGAGGUUUCACUCAUGGAGAAAACGGUGAUAUUGGCCAAGGUACAGUUAGAGUACGAAGACGCAUUGCUCAAGAAGAUGCGAAUCCAAGAAGAGGCAAACGUAUGCUAUAAUCGUAUGUGUACGGCUCAUAAACUGAUUGAGGGGCUUUCUAAAGAACUGGCACGUUGGACGGAACAGUCAAUGCAACUCAAAACUCAGCUUCACGAACUUGGCGGUGAUUGUAUUCAAUUGGCCGCAUUUCUCACCUACAGCGGUGCAUUCAAUCAGCAGUAUCGGAAUCGACUGAUGAGCAGCUGGCAGCUGGAAGUAGUUCGGCAAAAUCUCCCCCAUCGACCUAAACUGGAUGUGAUCUCCUUAUUUGUGGAUCCAGCUACAAUUACUUCAUUCAACGAUCGAUCAUUUCCUCAACAUUUGGAAGACACGCUGAAUUAUGGUCAACCACUUUUGAUCGAAGAUGCCCCGGAAGAUUUGGAUCCUAUGAUAGCCUGUGUUGUGGAUUACAGCGGUUCAGUAAACGGCAAGAUAAAAACAGUAAAACUAGGUGACAAAGAAACCACAAUCCUUCCGGGAUUCAAAUUGUAUAUCGCUACUCACAUGGCCAAUCCCAAUUUUCCACCGGAACUGAUUUCACAUUUGACGCUGAUUGACUUCAGUAUCACACCAAAGGGAUUGGAAGAUCAACUUCUCGCACGUGUGAUCAGUAUGGAACGUGAAAAACUCGAAAAAUCAAGACUGGAAUUAAUUUCCAGCGUGGCUGUACAAAAACGUCAGAUUAGUCAGCUUGAGGAAAACCUACUUCAUCGAUUGGCUUCUUGCGAAGGUUCAUUGGUGGACGAUAUUGACCUUAUCAAAAUGUUACAGGAGACGAAGAAUACAGCACAAGUGGUAGCAAAGCAGUUGGCUCAAACUGCCGAGACAGAAGUUGAAAUCGAGUGCGCAAGAGAAGAAUAUCGCCCAGUUGCGGUGCGUGGUUCAAUUCUUUUCUUCCUCAUAUCGGAUUUGUCGACCGUGAACAUUAUGUACCAACACGGAUUGUCGCAGUUUAUCAAACUCUUUGAUGAGUCCUUGGUCUAUUCAGAAAAAUCCACGACAGUACAACAUCGAAUACAUAAAAUUAUCCAAUUCAUGACUAUCGCUAUCUGGCGUUUCAUAGUUCGCUCUUUGUUCAAAAGAGACCGUAUCAUUUUUACACUAAUGCUGGCGAUUCGUAUAUGGCGUCAGGCGGGCUUGAUUAGACACGAAGAGUUGGAUAUAUUUAUAAAGGCUGGAUCUGCGUGCACUCUAAGUGAAUGCCCACCCAAACCGGGACGUUGGAUUCCGGACAUAUCGUGGAUAAACCUAAAGGCUCUAUCCAAAUUGCCAAUCUUUUCCGGGAUAAUGAAUCACGUCACUCAACACGAACGCCAAUGGAGGCAUUGGUUUGAAAAAGACGCACCAGAAGAGGUACCGAUUCCGGGUCCGUACGAAACACAAAUGAAACCUUUUACCCGACUGAUCCUGAUACGAUGUUGGUGCCUGGAUCGGAUGGUUUCCCAAGCAAAACGAUUUAUCUCCUACGCUCUGGGCCCGAUAUUUGCUGAAGAUGUUCUUCUUCAACCGGAAAAAUUAUAUCAACAAGCGGAUCCAGGCACACCCAUCAUAAAUUUUCUCAGCAUGGGUUCCGAUCCAACUCAACUGAUAGAGCAGUUAGCGCACAAAAAACACGUGAAUUUGAAAGUGGUAUCGAUGGGCCAGGGUCAGGAAAUUCAUGCUAAACAGGCCAUCCAGGCAGCACAAAUAGAUGGAAGUUGGGUUUUGUUACAAAAUUGCCAUUUAUGCGUGGAUUAUCUGAACGAGUUAUACGUCACAAUUAUCGACAGUGUAGCAAAAUCUGCUGGCUCCGGAAAAAUCUUUAAUCGGUUGGUCUCAGAUUUAUCCACCUCAACUAUGGAGAACAGUGGAGGCAGUGGAUCAGGAACCCUGACCGGGCCAGCGUCUCAUUCAACGACGACGACCCAACCGACUUCAAACGCAACAAGCACUUCACAAGACACAUUCCGCUUGUGGAUGACAACCGAGGAGCAUGAACGGUUUCCGGUGAAUCUUUUACAGAUAUCUAUCAAAUUUAGCAAUGAACCACCGGAAGGUAUUAAGGCCAGUUUACGACGAACAUAUGCGGACGUGACACAGGACAGUCUGGAAGCGUGUAUCGGUGGCGAAUGGAAGGUCAUGCUGUACACUAUGGCUUUCCUACACUGCACUUUGCAGGAACGACGUAAAUACGGUCCAUCGGGUUGGUCGAUUCCAUACGAGUUCACUCAAUCGGAUUUCAAUGCGAGCAUCCAGUUCAUACAGAAUCACAUCGACUUUGUGGAGUUCACGAAACGCAAUGUAAAGAACAGUGGUAUCGACUGGAAAUGUAUACGCUAUAUGAUUGCGGAGAUUCAAUAUGGAGGUCGAAUCACAGAUUACUUCGAUCUGCGUCUAUUGAACACAUUCACCAAGGUGUUCUUUCAAGAGGCCAUGUUCACACCGGAGUUCGAACUGGCCACCAAUUAUCGCGUGCCGCGACUCUCUUCAGUGGCUCAGUACGAACAAUACAUCCAAAGCUUACCCUCACGAGAUUCACCAGAGGCAUUUCACUUGCAUGCGAACGCCGAUAUUGAUUAUUCGACGCGCGCCAGUACCUACAUCAUCAAUUGUAUUCAGGCUAUGGAGCCGAAAGAUGGUAACUUAGUCUCAAUGGGAGAAAUGCAAAUUGAAGGACGAGAAUCGAGCUUGGACGAACCGGAUAGUCGAGAAAGUGUGAUCAUUCAAGUGUCUAACGAGUUAUUGGCCAAGCUGCCUGACCCGAUCGCUCCACAAAAAUUGCGCGACCGAUUGGAAUUAAUUGGUCCCUUGCAACCCAUGACCAUCUUCUUACGCCAAGAAGUGGACCGAAUGAACCACGUGCUAACCACAGUCUCGACUACACUAAACGAAUUGUUGUNUCGAAGGAGUGGUGGUCAUGAGUCAAUCAUUGCAAGAACCUUGAAACCUGAACAGUUAAAGAACAACGGCAACUGUUCGAAUGUGUCAGACAGUUUUCAAGAAUGUAUUUGUCAAAAACUAAUGCUCUGACACCUGCAAAUGAAAAUUGAUGAUGAAAUACCUGAUAUGAUCAUCAGCCAGUUGUCACUCGACAACCUGAGACAGACAAGUUUCUACGACGGAGAAGUAAAUUACACAACCGGUCGAGCACAGACGACUUACCAUAAAGGACAAUCGCGUCGACUUUAUGCAGUGGCACAAUAUGGAAAGCGCAUCAAAACCAAGAUUGUGCACAGACAAAACAAAUCCUCACAUUCAUAUAUAGUGGGUUUUCUCACUGCUCUUCGUCAAGAGAUUGCUCGAGGGCAGCCCGGGUGGGCACUGGACUCGGUAGUCCUGAUCAAUCGUGUGACAAGGAUGAUUUUGGACGAAGUAAGAGAGCCACCGGUCAGUGGGAUCUACAUACACGGAUUGUAUUUGCAAGGGGCGGCCUGGGAUCAUCGUAGCGGACGGCUGAUUGAGUCACGACCGAAACAGUUGUUUGACAUGCUACCCGUGGUCAAUCUGACAGCGCAACUGCAACGCUACGCCACUCGACUAGUCGCAGGACUUAGUGGGAUCAACUAUAAGAGUCAGCUUCAAGCACUUGGACUCUUCCCGGUUAGCUACAGGAGACUCUGCGGGGAUUUGGAUAUAUCUGUGGAAGAUUCUUCGUGGGGAUCUGGGACCGGAACUACGUGCUGUGUUUCCACUACGAGACUGCUACCGGACACGCGACCACAGGCUUAUUCUCCGGAAGAUGGAGUCGACGGGGAUUCCUUUGAUUUAUUGCCUUUCCCGGAGGAUGACUACUCUCUGGAAUUCACUCCCGUCGGAGGUAGCGGAGGAGCAGAACGAGGCGUGAUUCAAACGUGUCCACGAGCACUUGGUGAGACGGUGGCAACUUGCAGACAA